UCAAACAAACGUCAACGCCAAAAACACGAGAAAAAAAAUUAAUUGGAAAAGCAAGGAAACGAAAAAAGCAUAAUUUUUUUAUGUCGUCGUCUAGCAAGUUAUGUCAACAAUUUUAUUGGAUUUAAAAUUACAAAAUUCCAAUCAAACACAAAACAAUGAUAAUGAAAAUCUAAUUCCCCGCAUAAAACAAAGUGAUUUAUCAUACAAUGAUUUCUAUUGGAAUUACAUGAAUGCCAAUUGGCCAAUCAUACUAACAUCCAUAUCCAAUGACUGGGAAUGUCGUCGCAAUUGGACCAAACAAACGACCACCACAAACAACGAAACCACCGAAAUAAAUUUCAUAUACCUCAAACAAAAAAUUGGCAAUUGUCAUGUGCCAGUGGCAAAUUGUUCCAAAGAAUACUACAAUAGCCAUGAGAAAUGCGAAAUGAAAUUCUUUGAUUACCUGGACCAAUGGCAACAGUCUGUCUUUGAUACUAAUCGUAACCUCUACCUCAAGGAUUGGCACUUGAAAGCGCUAAUGCCUGAUUAUGAUUUUUACAGAGUUCCUAAGUAUUUUGCAUCCGAUUGGCUAAAUGAAUACCUCGUUGAUAAGAAACUAGAUGAUUAUAGAUUUGUUUAUAUGGGUCCAAGGGAUUCGUGGACACCCUUUCAUGCGGAUGUUUUCGGUUCCUAUAGCUGGUCAACGAACAUUGCCGGCCGCAAACAAUGGCUCCUUUUGCCACCGCUUGAAGAACAAAAACUAACCGAUUCUCUUGGCAAUCUUCCCUUUCGAAUUACCAAACAACUGCUCACCGAGAAGAAUGUGAAAUUUUUUACAAUUAUACAAACAGAAAAUGAAUCUAUUUUUGUACCGUCCGGAUGGUAUCAUCAAGUGUGGAACCUUACCGAUACCAUUUCGAUUAAUCACAAUUGGUUUAAUGCAUGCAAUGUGCCAAUAAUUUGGCGCAAUCUCGCCACAUGCAUGCAACGAGUUAUACAUGAAAUCGAAGACUGUCGUGGGAUGGAUAAUUUUGAAGAACAUUGUCAGACAAUGUUGCGGGCUAGUUUCGGCAUUAAUUAUUCGGAUUUUUUGAAUAUUUUAGAGCAUAUCAUGACGAAACGUUUGCAACAAUGCAGCACUAACAACAAUAAUAACAUAGAUAAUAUACUUUUUGAUACAUUUACACUGAGUGACUUUCAUGUGCGAUAUGAUUUAGCAAUAAUCGCUGAUGUUUUAGAAGCAAUACAAAAUGAUGAAGUUGUGCUGGCGAGAGCGGAAUUAUGUGAUAGAUGUAAGGAAUUGGUAGAGAAGAUAAAAGGUUUCAAAAAUGCGAGUGAGAAUUAAUACAAAAAAAAAAAAAAACAACAAAAUACUUAUUAAAGUUAAAGGGAAUAAUCAUUUUUUUCUUUUUGUAAUAAAAAGAAAA